AUGGAGUCUUCUGCUCUUCUCCUCCCUUCUCAGAUUAUGGGAAGCGGCACUUGGGGGUCGGUCAUGUCGUGCUUCCCCCAAAUGCGGCGCACCGAGACGCCAGAUUCCCCCACCAGCCCCGUUCCUGCCGCUCCGGAUGAAAUCCCCAUUCCUAUUAGCCCCAUCAUAGUCACCUCCCCCACUGACGGCAGGAAGCUCAGCUCCCCGACGUCCAGUCUUGCCUCCCCCAAACCUACCUCCCCCAUCGAGUGCUCCAUUUGCUUCAACACCUAUGACAACAGCUUCAAGACACCCAAGCUGCUCCGGUGCUCGCAUGUCUUCUGUCUGGAAUGCGUGGCCCGCUUGACCUCGGCACUGCCCCAGCCCCGCGUUGAGGACCAGCUGCCCUGCCCCCUCUGCAGACAGCUCACAGAGAUCCCCCUUGAGGGCCCUCCGGCUCUCCAGACCAGCCAGGAGCUCCUGUCCACCCUGCCCGCCGAAUACCAACGGGAGAAGGUGGUGUGGAUGGAAGGCAGCAAGCUGUGCUGCAGGCAGUCAUCCCAGGACCCAGAAGAUCCCGACGCAUGCAUCUGCCUCGAUGUGGCCAUGAGCAAGCCCAAUCCCCCCGUGACGCCGACAGAGGGCAUGGCUGGGAGGCUGUCCCGCUGUGCCAUGUGCGACGACUGGAAACGCAUCGUCCUCCUCUCGGCCCUGGUCAUCAUUCUGCUGUGCAUCAUUCUGUGGCCGGUGCAGUGUGCCCUGAAAACUGGGAACCUCCGCUGCUUCACAAGGACGGUUACGUUCACCAGGCCAAACCCUGUUCCAUUUACAUAUACAACCCCGCCAGCGCCCGGGACCAGCCCACCCUCGCGCUAG